AUGAGUGACCUGAAAGAUACCGUCAUCGCCCUGGCCCGUGGGUGCGGGUUCGAUCUCGUGGGCGUGACUUCGGCGGACGAUUUUGCUGCCGACCGGGCCGCUGCACUGGAGCGCAUUCGCGAGGGUCGGAUGGAUGGGUUGCCGUGGUACACGGAAUCCCGUGUGAUGCGUGGGACAAGCCCUUCCGCGCUGCUGCCAGGGGCGCGCUCGGUUGUAUGCCUUGGGUUGAGCUAUUUCGUUGACUCGGAAUCGCCGCGGCAGCCCGAGAGCGGCGAAGGCAUGAAGUCCCCGGGGCGAGUGGCGCGGUACGCGUGGGUCAGGGACUAUCACCGGGUGAUGAAGCGGCGGAUGCGGGAGCUUGUGCGGGAGCUGGAACGGGAACUUGGCGCAACGAUUUCAGCGCGCUGGUAUGUGGACGACGGGCCGAUGCUGGACCGGGCUACCGCCAACCGGUCCGGAAUUGGCUGGUUCGGCAAGAACACCAACAUCCUGACCUCGGGCUUCGGGUCAUGGGUCUUCCUUGGUCAAGUGAUUACCGACCUGGAACUGGAGGCCGAUGCGCCGCUGCAAAAGUCCUGCGGUUCAUGCGUGCGCUGCAUCGACGACUGCCCGACGGGGGCCAUCGUUGCUCCUUAUGUUAUCGACAACUCGCUCUGCAUCUCAUACCUCACCAUCGAGAACCGCGGGCCGAUCCCCCGAGAGCUCCGCCCGCUGAUGCAGGACUGGGUGUUCGGUUGCGACAUCUGCCAGGACGUAUGCCCGGUAAACCGGAAGGCAAGGGCGUCGGCGCAGCCCAUCCCUCCUCCCGGCGGUACCGCGGCCACGGGCCGCUCGUCGGACCCGGAUUCUGAAGGCGGGCUGGCAUUCCUGGACCUGGUCGAGUUGCUGGGGAUGUCGGAGGAGGAAUUUCGCGCUCGAUUCGCGGGCACUUCGAUAAUGCGGGGCCAAGCGGGUCGGGAUGCAGAGGAACGCGUGUGUUGCCCUCGGCAACCUGGGAGACGAGAGGAGCGAGCCGGCGCUUUCGAGCGCACUGCGUGA